UGAUGGAGUCGACACGUCUGAGAUGACAAGAGAAAAGCUGGAACAGUUCACUCUCCGUGUCAAAGAAGAAUUAGACAAAGAGAGAGAAGAAAGAAAUUACUUUCAGUUAGAGCGAGAUAAAAUACGCACCUUUUGGGAAAUUACCCGACAACAAUUAGAAGAAGCUAAAGCUGAACUGAGAAAUAGAGAGAGAGCUACAGAAGAAGCGAAGGAGGAGAAUGAAGCGCUUUUAGAAACUGAAAAGCAGAAAAUCAAACAUUUAAAAUAUGAACAACAAGCUGCUGCAGCCGCUUUGAGAGCAGAAAAUUUAGUCGCACUGAAAGCAGCAAAAGAAGAACACGCGGAACAAGAGCUGGAACUGCUAAACGACAAACGAAUGCUCAGACAAGAAAUAAGAGAGAAAGCACUCGCCGCUCAAGACGAAUUGAGAAGAGCGAAAUUGGUACAUGCUGAAGAAUUAUCUAAAGCACGAGAAGAUUUUCAAGAAAAAGCUCGCCAGAUAGAAGAUAAGGCUGAAAAGAAGCUACAUGAGACUAAAGUAGAACUCACUGUGAAACACAGAAUGGAAAUAGCAGAAGUAGAGGAGAGAAAGAAUAAACAGCUUUCAGAUUUGAUCGCCCAUCACGAUCGCGCUUUCAUUGAUCUUAAAAGUUAUUACAACGACAUCACACUUAACAACUUAGGUCUUAUUAGUAGCAUUAAGCAACAAAUGGAAGAAAUGCAAAAAGUCAAAGAACGUGCGGAGAAGGUCGCUAAGGAUGCAGUUGCUGAAGCGAAGAACCUGCGAGAACCUCUCGAAGCUGCGAUUAUUGACAACAAAGAGUUAAAGCGUCAGAUGUCAAACUAUGACAGAGAUAAGGCUGCGUUAGCUGCGAAAACGAAACAGCUCGCAUCACUUGAAAAGCAGUUCGAAGUAUUGAAAUGGGAAUACGAAGUGCUUCAAGUUAGGUUUGACAGGAUAGAGAAGGAACGCAACGAACUGAAGUCGCGGUUCUCUCGGGCUGUGCUAGAAGUGCAACAGAAGGUUUCCUUAAAAACAUCCCUGUUAGAAGCCAAGUUGAAAAGCUUAGAAGCCAGAGACUUGGGACCGAAGGAGAUACACAACCUGUUGAAAUUGAAAGAUACGCAAAUAGAAGAUUUGCACUACGAAGCAGCGCGACUCCGGAAAGCUCAUGACGAUCUCCUCGCGACGUACGAGGCUAAGCUUACAAAGCUCGGUAUACCGCCUGAGGAAUUGGGAUUCAAACCUUUGAGGGCAGUGACAGUGGCAGGACUCUCUCCAGUCUUGGGAAUGGGACCUGCGGGUUUGGUCACCAACGACAAAGUGUAG